AUGCGCGACCUGGCUGGCCUUGCCUUAUUGCCGCUGGGCGAGUUCCUCACCGAGGUCCUCGGCCCGCUCGGACCACCAUUUUGGCCAGCGAUCUCGGCCGCGGACGCGCAGGCCGAGCCCGCCGCUGAGCCGCCCGACGUUCGAGCGGCAAGCGUCGCUGAAGCAUCCAACAGCACGUGCGCAGCAAAGAGCGCUAGCGGCAGCGCUGGCGACGGUGGCGACGGUGGCGAGGGGGGGGGCGAGCGACGCCCGCUGACCAAGCAGGAGCGCGAGAGGGCGAAGCAGCACCCAGCAGACGGCGCACCGCUCCCAGCAGCACCCAACAGCAGCCGCUCCAAGCCUUCGAUCGAUGGCGCGGAUGGCGCCGUCUCGCUCGCGGAAGUGAACGGAGGACAGCCCGCGCCGGCAGCAGAGGCGCCCGAGUCACGUGCGACGGGCAGUCGAUCUGCGGCGGGUGGCACGCUGGCCGAUGUGCUCAUCCCGUUUACCACGCCAAAGGGCGCUCCCCACCUGUGGUGCACUCGCUGCGGCUCCGCGCUCACGUUCAGCCUCGAAAGGGCGGAGCUUGUGCGGGCCCACCUGGGAGGCAAGAAACACAAGAGAGCGACAGCUUCGGGCGCGCACCACCCGCUGCCGAAGCAGAAGAGGCCGAGGGAUCGAGAGGCAGACGCGUCGGCGAAGCAGCCGGGCGCAGCACGAGGAUUGCCGCCACCGCCGCCACCGCCACCGCCACGCGCGGCCGCGGCGGCGGCGGCGGCGGCGGCGGCGGCCUCUCGCGUGGCCAUGCGCGUGGCGGCAGCAGAGGCCAAGUCCGCGCCGCAGCAGCCAGCAGCGUUGCCAACGGUGGCAGCGGCGCAGCCACCGCCUCAGGUCGCUGCUGGCCCCGGCCGGUGCCACAAGAGUAGCUGCGGUGGCGGCAGCAGCAGCAGCAGCAGCAGCAGCAGCAGCAGCAGCAGCAGCAGCAGCAGCAGCAGCAGCAGCGGUGGUGGCGGGGGCGCAGCUGGCAGCGGCAGCGGUGGCGGUGGCGGUGGCGGGUCCGCCCUCUCCGGCGAGGUUAUGGCGGCGGCGCAGCGGCUGCAGCGGCGGGAGACGCAGGUCGAGAAUGGCAAGGACACGCGGGUAAAUGCGUGGAGGCGAGCGCCGCAAGAGUGGGGCGAGGCGCAGGCCGAGGCGCAGGCCGCCGACACGGCGGCAGGCGCGCCACUCACCGCCACGGAAAAAGCUGGGCUGGAGACGGAAGCUGGGCCGGAGACGUGCCGCCUCAGGGCGGAUGCAGGCCCACGCGCAGCCCUCACCCGAGGCAGCGUGCUGGCUGAGCUGCGCAGCGAGAGGAGAGAGGCGGCAGCGAGCGAGGGCGAGGAGGAGAGCGCGUCUCAGUCGAGGCUGGGUGAGCCGCCAGCUGCCCGAGCCAAGGCGGCGCGGCAGAGGACUGACUCGGGCUCCGCCGCCGCCGCUGCUCCCGCUGCCGUGCCGCCGCCAGCCGCGGUGCCGCCGCCAGCCAUCGCCAGGGGCAGCGUCUUGGACGAGCUGCGGCGCGAGGGCGCCAGCAGCAGCAGGGGUGAGGGCGGAGGCAGUGGCGGCGCGGGUGUGAGCGGCGGGCCAGAGGCCGCCAGCGGCGGCGAGAGCGCUUCAUGCUCCGCCGCCGCUGCUCCCGCUGCGGUGCCGCCGCCAGCCGCGGUGCCGCCGCCAGCCAUCGCCAGGGGCAGCGUCUUGGACGAGCUGCGGCGCGAGGACGCCAGCAGCAGCAGGGGCGAGGGCGGAGGCAGUGGCGGCGCGGGUGUGAGCGGCGGGCCAGAGGCCGCCAGCGGCGGCGAGAGCGCUUCAUGCUCCGCCGCCGCUGCUCCCGCUGCCGUGCCGCCGCCAGCCGCGGUGCCGCCGCCAGCCAUCGCCAGGGGCAGCGUCUUGGACGAGCUGCGGCGCGAGGGCGCCAGCAGCAGCAGGGGCGAGGGCGGAGGCAGUGGCGGCGCGGGUGUGAGCGGCGGGCCAGAGGCCGCCAGCAGCGGCGAGAGCGCUUCAUGCUCCGCCGCCGCUGCUCCCGCUGCGGUGCCGCCGCCAGCCGCGGUGCCGCCGCCAGCCAUCGCCAGGGGCAGCGUCUUGGACGAGCUGCGGCGCGAGGGCGCCAGCAGCAGCAGGGGCGAGGGCGGAGGCAGUGGCGGCGCGGGUGUGAGCGGCGGGCCAGAGGCCGCCAGCAGCGGGGGCGGCGGCCCCUGCGAUGUGGGCAAUCGCGAUGGCGGUGGUGGCGGGCACCGGCUCAUCCUUCAGAAUUUGCCGAUCGCGCUGAGCCGUGAAGGCUUGCGCGACGAGAUGCGCCGGAUCGGCGAGGUGUUGCAGGUCUCCGUCGAGCUCUCCGGGCACGGCUCGCAGCGCGGCGUGGUCGAGUUCGCGUCGCCGAGCGACCUCGCCUUUGCGAGGAGCAAGCUCGACGGCUCGCGGUUCAGAGGCCACACCGUCGAGGCGUACGCGGAGGCGCGACCCGGCGGCACUGCUGGCGGCGGCGGCGGCUCUGGCGGUGGCAGCUCUGGUGCCGGCGGUGUGGGCGCCAGUCAAAGUGUUGAAGCUGCACCCGCAGGCGGGGCACCGCCGCCGACGGCGGCGGCGGCGGCGGCGGCGGAGGCGGAGGCGGCGGCGGCGGAGGCAGAGGCGGAGGCGGAGGCGGUGGCGGCGGCGGCGGCGGCGGCGGCGGCGGCGCCUGCAGCUGUGCCUGGCUCGUCUGGGGGAGAGCAGCUAGUGCGCGAGUCGCGCGCCGACGGCGGCUACUCGAUGAUCCCACUCGUCGACCUCGACGCGAUUCCAGCUACUGCCGCCGCGCCCACUGCUGCUGGUGCGCCCACUGCCGCCGCCGCGCCGCCGCCCAGCGGCGCGAAGCAUGAGCGCAAGCGGAAGGCGUCUGCGCCGCCGCCAAAGGAGUCUAGGCAGGCGCCCAAGCGCGUGGCCGUGAAGUGCAAGCCGUCUAGCGAGGCCACCGCCACACAAUGGCUCCCGCUGCCUGGUGGGAAGGCGGUCGCCGCCCCCGCCCGCGGCGUGCUUGGCCGCCUAGGGGCCGCCUGUCCAGAGCCGGGCAGAGGCAAGGCUGGCGGCAACUCGCUGCCUGAGCCAGAGAGCAAGGGCAAGUACAAGGGCAAGCCGGGGGACCCGUUCUGGGUUUGUCGCAGCUGUGGCACGCGCUCGUGGGAGGCGCGCUCGUCUUGCCGGAAGUGUGGCGUGGCAAAACCGCCUGGCGCCAAGAUCACGCACCCCCCCAAGCGUAGAGGCGGGUAGUGGCCCAAACGCAGCCAAAUUAUAGAGGGUCGAUUCCCUGCACUGUGUGGAACGCGGGAGCGAUGGGUCCCAAAAAAGGUACCAGCAG